AUGCGGAACAAGGGCAGGAAGGAGAGCCUGUCCGACUCCCACGACCUGGACGGCUCCUACGACCAGCUCACGGGCAACCCUCCAGGCCAAACUAAAAAAGCGCUGAAGCAGCGAUUCCUCAAACUGCUGCCCUGCUGCCGGCCCAAAUCCAUCCCCUCGCUCAGCGAAAACAGCGUUGAGGAUGAGUUUGAGCUCUCCACUGUCUGCCACCGCCCUGAGGGGCUGGAGCAGCUCCAGGAGCAGACCAAGUUCACCCGCAAAGAGCUGCAGGUCCUGUACCGAGGCUUCAAGAACGAGUGCCCGAGUGGCAUUGUCAAUGAAGAAAACUUCAAGCAGAUCUACUCACAGUUCUUCCCGCAGGGAGACUCCAGCACGUACGCCACCUUCCUCUUCAAUGCCUUCGACACUGACCAUGAUGGCUCCGUCAGCUUUGAGGACUUUGUGUCUGGGUUGUCCACCAUCCUACGGGGCACCAUUGAUGAUCGUCUGAACUGGGCUUUCAACCUCUAUGACCUGAACAAAGAUGGCUGCAUCACCAAAGAGGAAAUGCUGGACAUCAUGAAGUCCAUCUAUGACAUGAUGGGCAAAUACACCUACCCAGCCAUGCGGGAAGAAGCACCCCGGGAGCAUGUGGAGAACUUCUUCCAGAAAAUGGACCGAAACAAGGACGGCGUGGUGACAAUCGAGGAGUUCCUGGAGUCCUGCCAGAAGGAUGAGAACAUCAUGCGGUCCAUGCAGCUCUUUGACAGCGUGAUUUAGCUCCCGGACCUGCCUCCAGCUGAGCUCUCCUGCCACUGGGCCAAGAACCUGCUCCUCUCUCGACUUUUCCUUCAAGCCUCCUCUCCACCGGCUGCACAGAC